AUGGCCGGAACGUGUAUCACGACAAUCAAGUACUUGGGGGUCGGCGUCCUCGGGCUAGCCCUGUCGCUGAUCCUCUACCAGGCGUACCAGACCAUCCCCGCCCAGAUCCGCUUGGUGCUGGUGCUGGCGGCGGACCCGGCCCGCCUCCACCACAAGAUCACGUUGCUGCUGAUCCUCCACUCGGUGGCGGCGUUGUUGCUGUCCCUGUUGUUCUACACCGCCUACAAAUACUCGCCCCUGUUCGAAAAGCACCCUUACUUGGUGUAUCUGGGGGUGUGUGGCGUGGCGGCGAUGCUUGGUGUGUGGUACGGGUUCCCGCCUCCCUGGCAGGCAGCCCCCACCAAGACCCCCACCAGGGCCCCCUCGGCGGCGCCCGCGGCGCCCUCGGGCGCUGCCACUACCGCUAGCGUCGGCGACGCUGCGUUGGAUAAGAGUUACGUCCACGUCUCCGACGAAGAGCUGAGCGUGAUCCUGACUCCCAACUCGACGUUGCCGCUGUCGCCGCAAUUGACGCUGGAGGCUGAAGCAGAAAACAUCGACGUCGAGGUCGAGCUCAGCCACGCCCGCCAGGAGCUUGUGUCGCGGUUAGAACGCGUCGACACCGGCUACAUGUUCGCUGGUGGCGUGUCGUUGGUCGGCUUCAUCAUCGGCGCCAUCGGCGUCCUUGGCGACGUCCUUUACUAG